CUCAAGAGGCUUCAUACACAACAUAGCGCGCGAGAUCUCCACAGCCAGUAGCCACGUCUGGGCAAACCUGGCCAUUAAUAAAAACAAACCAUGCGCUCUUCUGAUGGUGGACUGUAGUUAAGGGUGUGCGCACAAAAAGCGAAAAGCGCUCGCGCCUCCGCGCGCUACGACGCGCGUAACGCGCCAUGGAGAACUUUCCGAAAGAGGAGACCAUCUGGCCGCUGAACAAAUCGUGUUGCGAGUCAAGUAGCGUGAACGAAAGCACAGCUACAAACCGAACCGUGAACCCUCUUAAGCGCAACGAGGAGGUGGCUAAGGUUGAAGUGGCAGUGUUGUUCGUGGUGCUGCUUCUUGCACUGGCCGGGAACCUGUGCGUCCUGGCGGCGCUUCACGCCACCAAACGCGCGCGCUCGCGCAUGCAUUUCUUUAUGAAGCACCUCAGCAUCGCGGAUCUGGUGGUGGCUAUCUUCCAGGUGCUGCCGCAACUCAUCUGGGACAUCACGUUUCGCUUCUAUGGGCCGGACUUCUUGUGCCGCUUGGUGAAGUAUCUGCAGGUGGUGGGGAUGUUUGCCUCCACCUACCUGCUUGUGCUGAUGGCUGUGGACAGGUGUCUUGCAGUGUGCCAGCCACUCCGCUCUCUGCGUCGCAGGAAGGACCGUGAGUAUGUUCUCGGCUCGUGGCUCCUGAGCCUGCUGCUCAGCCUCCCACAGACAUACAUCUUCUCGCUCAAAGAAGUAGCAAAGGGAGUCUAUGACUGCUGGGGAGACUUUGUGCAUCCAUGGGGGGCGAAGGUCUACAUAACAUGGAUAAGUCUUGCCAUCUACAUCGUACCUGUUACCAUUCUCACUGUGUGUUAUGGCCUCACCAGUUUUAAGAUAUGGCAAAACUUCAAGCUGAAGAGCAGAAGGGAUCAUUCUCUAAGGCUGUCUAGGGAGCUGGCUGACGGUGCAGCGCUGUCACGCGUCAGCAGUGUGAGACUCAUCUCGGAGGCCAAAAUCAGGACCGUGAAAAUGACAUUUGUUGUCGUCUUGGCCUACGUUGUGUGCUGGACGCCGUUCUUCUUUGUGCAGAUGUGGUCAGCUUGGGAUCCCAUGGCACCGAGAGAGGAAAUGGCAUUCAUUAUUUCCAUGCUGUUGGCUAGCCUGAACAGUUGCUGUAACCCCUGGAUCUACAUGUUUUUUGCUGGCCACCUGUUCCGUGACCUGAUGCACAACUGUCUAACAACAUUACGCUGUAACUGUGUGGGGCAGCAGAGUCCUAAUGGCCAUUCAACAGGAAUAGUGAUGAAGGACACUGGCAGCCAGAGGAGCCUCACCCAAACAUCAACUACAUAACACACGGAUUGAAUGAGAAGACAAGGGGGUGCAUGGUGACAAAAUCUCUGCGAUGGACCGGCAUCUACAAUAAUAAUAAGAAUACAUAUGGACACAUAUUAUUAUUAAAACCUUGAUAAGGCUCAGGCCAGUGUAUUAAAAACAUACAGAUUACAAUUUGACUCUCUAGAGAGACUGAAACUACCACUAACUGUUACCUCAAAGCACACUGGCAAGACACACAUCAGUAAAAUAAUAAAUGCUUUUGCAUUUUGAAUGCAUUCAUCUGCCCCAUACUACCCUAUUCCACAAUGUAUUUUUUGAGGUUAUUGGACUGAACUAAUGGCAACAGUCAAACCCCUACAGUGAAAGUCCUGUCAUGGCUUUUAUUAUUAAACUACUAACCUUUGACACAGAUUCUGUUCAGAGGCCCUCUAGAGAUAUUACUAGGUCAUGUCAAGUUAAGUUCAGUCCUGGUUAACCUAAAUGUAUUGCUGAAUAAAUGUGUUUUGUGUCUACUUCUCUUACCCAUUUACUCAGCACUCGCUUUAUAGAUGAAUUAGACACAUUUACUUACAAAAAAUCAUUUAAUGUAUCAUGAUUGUAUGUGAAUAAAAUAAAUAAAAUAAAAAAUAUAACUAUU